UGAAUGUGAACACCAUCAAAUUCCACGAGAUGAUGACCCUGGACAAGCAGCGAGAGCGCGAGGCCAUGGGCAAGAACCGUGGCUUGGGGCUCGGCAUGUCUCCAAUGCUCAUGAACAGCAUGGGAGGAGGCAUGGGCGAUCCUCACAUGAUGGGGGGGAUGGGCAUGUACCAGAGCAGCGUGCAAGAGUUCAUGCGAUGGUCACUGCUUCCCAUCAUGCCUGUAGGUCAGCCUAAUGUGAACCCCGGCUGCAGGAGCCAAGAGAGACACGUGCAGGCGGCAAGAGAGAGCACAACCAUUGCGGCCUUUUAUCAUCCUGCGAUGUUGCCAGACAGCCCCAGAGAACCAGACCCGGAGAUGGUGGUGCGAGUCGAGCCCAAGGAGGUCCCUCUGCACGACAUCACGGGCCAGGAGACCAUCUGCGACCACCGCAACAAGCCCUGGCCGGAACCCAUCAUGAGCGACCCCAUGGCCUUCCACUACGGCGGAAUGGGCAACAUGGGAGGAGGAGGAGGAGGAGGCAUGGGCGGCGGAGGUGGAGGAGGAGGUGGUGGUGGAGGCGGAGGAGGAUCGCACUGGGUUGUUGGAGGACCUCCUGGCGGUGGGUUCUCGAGCGGGCCCAUGUACGGCGGGCCGGGCGGCGGCGGGCCCGGCGGCGGCCCUGGCGGCUACGGCGCCCGGGGCAUGGGGGGCCACGGCAGCUUCGGCGACAUGGGUCCGGGGGGCAUGGAGGGCCCCGGGGCUGGGGGGGCCCCGGGCCCCGACUACCCCAACCAGAAUAUGAUGAGGGGCGGCCAAGGGCAGGGCAUGAUGAUGUCGGGAAGGCCGGGCAUAAACCCCCCGGGGCAUGAUGCCCAACAUGGGCAUGGGCGGUCCAAGAUUCCGGGUCGGGGAGGGCCCAGCGGGGGUUGGGGCCCCCGGGGGACGCCCCCCCUGUGCAAGCACUUCAUGAACGGCCACUGUCCGCCACGGCAAGAACUGCAAGUUUCUGCACGCCAAGCACCACUGACCUCAGCCCGCGGCGCCCCCUCCCCCCUCGGUCCCCCCUCCGCCUCGGCCUCCCCUCCCCUCGGCCUCCCGCGGCGGCCCAGCGGCGCUGCCUAA